CUGUCCAUGCCCGAGCGCCAGCCACGGCUUUGAGGGGUCUCCUUGCUCGGCCCCUUAGCAGCUCCGCCACGGACUCCGGGAGGCUUCGGGAGACGUCCUGGGGCUUCCCACCCGACCCGGAUCGGACUUAAGAAGGUGAUCGCUUCUCUCUCCCUUCCUCCUUCCCCCCACUUAACUUUUUGUCUCCACUCGCCCGCAGCUCCGUGCCCUCCGUGCAAACCCACCCGCGGCUGUGCCAACUGCCGGGGCAUGGGCCCCCCAGCACGGCUCCUGGAGGCCUCGCGGCACCGCAAGAUGUGAGAGGCCCGGGUCGGGCAGAGCCAGAGCUUCGGGAGAGGAGCUGAUACCCCCCAGCCUCCAGACGCCAGCGAGGUGGCUGUGCGCACUGCGCCCCCGCGGUGCUGAGCGUCCCGGAGCGCCCAACCCUGGGUCGGAACGUUUAGCUGGCCGGAGGCGCGCCGCGGAGAGCAGGCUGUCAUGCCCUAUUGAUCCCCCGCCCCCCGCCAAGUAUGUUUGGGCUGGACCAAUUCGAGCCCCAGAUCAACAGCAGGAACGCUGGCCAGGGCGAGAGGAACUUUAACGAGGCAGGACUAAGCAUGAAUGCCCACUUUAAGGCCCCGGCUUUCCACGCGGGGGGACCCCCUGGCCCGGUGGACCCUGCCAUGAGCGCGCUGGGCGAGCCCCCGAUCUUGAGCAUGAACAUGGAGCCUUACGGCUUCCACGCGCGUGGUCACUCGGAGUUGCACGCGGGGGGGCUGCAGGCACAGCCGGUGCACGGAUUCUUCGGAGGCCAGCAGCCGCACCACGGCCACCCGGGAGGCCACCACCCCCACCAACAUCACCCCCACUUUGGGGGCAACUUCGGCGGUCCGGACCCAGGGGCCUCAUGCCUGCACGGAGGUCGCCUACUCGGCUACGGCGGCGCCUCCGGCGGCCUGGGCAGCCAGCCGCCCUUCGCGGAGGGUUAUGACCACAUGGCGGAGAGCCAGGGGCCCGAGAGCUUCGGCCCGCAGAGACCCGGGAACCUCCCGGACUUCCACAGUUCGGGCGCCUCGGGCCAUGCGGUGCCUGCCCCGUGCUUGCCGCUGGACCAGAGCCCUAACCGAGCCGCCUCCUUUCACGGCCUGCCAGCCUCCAGCAGCUCCGAUUCCCACAGUCUGGAGCCCCGAAGGGUGGCGAACCAAGGAGCCGUCGACUCGCUGGAAUACAAUUACCCUGGCGAGGCGCCCUCGGGACAUUUCGACAUGUUUUCGCCCUCCGAUUCCGAAGGGCAGCUGCCUCAUUAUGCGGCGGGUCGCCAGGUUCCCGGGGGCUCCUUCCCCGGUGCCCCGGCCAUGCCCAGAGCCGCAGGCAUGGUGGGCUUGUCCAAAAUGCACGCCCAGCAGCAGCAGCAGCAGCAACAGCAGCAGCAACAGCAGCAGCAGCAACAGCAGCAGCAACAGCAGCAGCAACAACAACAGCACGGCGUAUUCUUCGAGAGGUUUGGCGGGGCCCGCAAGAUGCCCGUGGGUUUGGAGCCGGGAGUAGGCUCCAGGCACCCGUUAAUGCAGCCUCCCCCGCAAGCCCCGCCACCCCCUCAGCAGCAGCCCCCGCAGCAGCCGCAGCAGCCGCCGCCGCCGCCGCAGCAGCCGCCGCCGCCGCCGCCGCCACCCGGGCUCCUGGUCCGACAAAACUCGUGCCCGCCUGCGCUCCCGCGGCCCCCGCAGGGCGAGGCGGGCACGCCCAGCGGCGGCCUGCAGGACGGGGGCCCCAUGCUGCCCAGCCAGCACGCACAGUUCGAGUAUCCCAUCCACCGGCUGGAGAACCGGAGCAUGCACCCGUAUUCGGAGCCCGUGUUCAACAUGCAGCACCCCCCUCCCCAGCAGGCGCCCAACCAGCGGCUGCAGCAUUUCGACGCGCCCCCCUACAUGAACGUGGCCAAGAGGCCGCGCUUUGACUUCCCGGGCAGCGCGGGAGUGGACCGCUGCGCUUCGUGGAACGGCAGCAUGCACAACGGCGCCCUGGACAACCACCUCUCGCCCUCCGCCUAUUCGGGCUUGCCCGGCGAGUUCACGCCGCCUGUGCCCGACAGCUUUCCCUCAGGGCCACCCCUGCAGCACCCGGCCCCGGACCACCAGUCCCUGCAGCAGCAGCAGCAGCAGCAGCAGCAGCAGCAGCAGCAGCAACAGCAGCAGCAACAGCAGCAGCAGCAGCGCCAGAACGCGGCCCUCAUGAUUAAGCAGAUGGCUUCGCGGAAUCAGCAGCAGCGGCUGCGCCAGCCCAACCUGGCUCAGCUAGGCCACCCCGGGGACGUGGGCCAGGGUGGCCUGGUACACGGCGGCCCGGUGGGCGGCUUGGCCCAGCCGAACUUUGAGCGCGAAAGCGCGGGCGCGGGGCGCCUGGGCACUUUCGAGCAGCAGGCGCCUCACUUGGCGCAGGAGAGCGCGUGGUUCCCGGGGCCGCACCCGCCGCCCGGUGACCUGCUGCCCCGCAGGAUGGGCGGCUCAGGUCUGCCGGCUGACUGCGGCCCGCACGACCCCGGCCUGGCGCCGCCCCCUCCCCCUGGCGGCUCCGGAGUGCUGUUCCGGGGCCCUCUGCAGGAGCCGCUGAGGAUGCCCGGAGAGGGCCACGUGCCCGCGCUGCCCUCCCCCGGCCUGCAGUUCGGGGGCAGCCUGGCCGGCCUGGGCCAACUGCAGUCGCCCGGGGCCGGGGUGGGGCUGCCCAGCGCUCCCUCCGAGCGCAGGCCCCCGCCGCCGGAUUUCGCGGCCCCGGCGCUCGGGGGCCAGCCUGGCUUCCCGUUCAGCGCGGCGAACCGGCAGGCCACGCCGCACAGCGGCCCGGGCGUGAACUCGCCCCCGAGCGCGGGCGGGGGCGGGGGCGGCUCGGGCGGCGGCAGCGGCGGGGGCGCCUACCCGCCGCAGCCCGAUUUCCAGCCCAGCCAGCGCAGCUCGGCCAGUAAGCUGGGCGCGCUGUCGCUGGGCUCCUUCAACAAGCCCAGCUCCAAGGACAACCUGUUCGGCCAGAGCUGCCUGGCCGCGCUCUCCACCGCCUGCCAGAACAUGAUCGCCAGCCUCGGGGCCCCCAACCUCAACGUGACCUUCAACAAGAAGAACCCGCCCGAGGGCAAGAGGAAACUGAGCCAGAAUGAGACGGACGGCGCGGCUGUGGCCGGCAACCCGGGCUCGGAUUACUUCCCGGGAGGGACUGCCCCUGGGGCCCAGGGGUCCGGAGGCCCGUCCGGGCCUAGUAGCAGUGGCUCCAAAGCCUCAGGGCCGCCCAACCCGCCCGCCCAGGGGGACGGCACCAGCCUCUCCCCAAACUACACCCUGGAAUCAACAUCCGGGAACGACGGCAAGCCGGUCCCCGGGGGCGGCGGCCGGGGAAGGGGUCGAAGAAAAAGGGACAGUGGUCACGUGAGUCCCGGGACCUUCUUCGACAAGUACUCGGCCGCGCCAGACAGCGGGGGCGCGCCUGGGGUGAGCCCGGGGCAGCAGCAGGCGCCGGGCGCAGCCGUCGGGGGAACCUCCACGAGCGAGGCUCGCGGGGCUCCCACGCCUCACGAGAAAGCGCUCACGUCGCCGUCGUGGGGGAAGGGGGCCGAGCUGCUCCUGGGGGACCAGUCGGACCUCAUGGCCUCCCUGGACGGCGGGGCCAAGUCAGACGGUAGUUCCCCACACGUGGGCGAGUUUGCCUCGGACGAGGUGAGCACCAGCUACGCCAACGAGGACGAGGUGUCAUCCAGCUCCGACAACCCCCCAGCCCUGGCCAAAGCGAGUAGGAGCCCGCUGGUGGCAGGCUCGCCCAAGAUCCCUCCCCGUGGGGUGGGCGCUGGGGAACACGGACCUAAGGCGCCCCCGCCCCCGCUCGGCCUGGGCAUCAUGUCUACCUCUACCUCCACGCCUGACAGCUACGGCGGGGGCGCCGGCCACCCCGGCACGCCGGGCCUGGAGCAGGUCCGGACCCCCACGAGCAGCAGCGGCGCACCCCCCGGGGACGAGAUCCACCCCCUGGAGAUCCUCCAGGCGCAGAUCCAGCUACAGAGGCAGCAGUUCAGCAUCUCUGAGGACCAGCCCCUGGGGCUCAAGGGGGGCAAGAAGGGGGAGUGCGCCGUCGGGUCCUCGGGAGGGCAGAAUGGCGACAGCGAGCUGGGCAGCUGCUGCUCCGAGGCGGUCAAGAGUGCGAUGAGCACCAUCGACCUGGACUCGCUGAUGGCAGAGCACAGCGCCACCUGGUACAUGCCUGCCGACAAGGCCUUGGUGGACGGCGCGGACGACGACAAGACGCUGGCACCUUGGGAGAAGGCCAAACCCCAGAACCCCAACAGCAAAGAAGCCCAUGACCUCCCUGCAAAUAAGGCCUCAGCCACCCAGCCGGGUAACCACUUGCAGUGCCUGUCUGUCCACUGCACAGACGACGUGGGCGAUGCCAAGGCCCGAGCCUCCGUGCCCACCUGGCGGUCUCUGCACUCCGACAUUUCCAACAGAUUCGGGACUUUCGUGGCCGCCCUAACUUGAAUUAGAAAUGCCCCUCCCCUCCCAGGCCCUUUCCUCUCCCCUCCCCUCCCGCCCUGGGCCCCCUCCUCCCCAACCCACCCUCCUGUUGAUUUGAAAGGGCCACUAUUGCUGAGUGGAUGAUUUUUUUUUUCCUAGGUUGGUACCUGCUUAGUGGCAUAUGGACCGGAAAGGGUUAAUUUAAAGGGGAAAAAAAAAAGCCUCAAAAAAUUUUUUUAAAAAAGAAACUCGUCUGCCACAGUAUGUUACCAGUGUUAACCCUUCUGCAGUUAGCAAACUUUUGCUUCAGCCUUUUUCCUGCUAGAUAAUUCCCGUUUUUCUGUAAUCUUGGCAUACGUUUUUAGAUGACCUCUUUCCUUGUUUUAUUUUCAUGCUGCUGUAUGCCCAAGUGUCGUUAUUUCAUAAUAAGACAAGAGUUACUUUCUUUUUUAUUCUCUUUUAUUCUUCUUCCUCUCCCCACCACCAUCCCCCCCCCGCCUUUUUUUUUUUUUUCUUUUUGCUUUGUUCACUGCUUAUUAAAGUGGAAAUCCUGGAGAAUAGUAGUUCUGGAAGAUUGCCGGGUGAAAGUCAAAUUGUCAUCACGAUAUUAUAUAUUGACACCCAACUGUCACCAGUCAGACAGGAGCCAAACAAUGAAUGCCCCCCUUAGGUAUUCUGCCCGGGGUUUUGUUUUGUCUGUUCCCUAAGAAAACAGAGAGAGAGAUUAUUUUCGUUCCUACAAACACACGCUCAGCUCAGCUCUGUUCUGUCUUCUGCCGGAAGCUGUCCUCCCUGCAACCGAGGUGGUGAUGUGUCCAGCCCGCUCAGUGGGAAGGAGUCGGAAUGUUCCACAGUGCUGUUUUCUCUCCUUUUCUGGGCCUCCGUGCAAACAGCCAGACUCUGAAUUUUCACGCUAUGCUAAGCAGCCCUCGUGUGCGUGGGGGAUGGGUCCCUUCCAGCUUGCGAGUCUCUGUGGGCUCCUGGCUCGGCCCGGCUGGGGUCGUGGGUGCCCAGGUUAGGGGAGGAUCACUUCCUAGCCCUUGACCUUUGCCGACAGCUGUUCCCAUCCAGGCGUCGUGCGAGGAAGGAGGUGGGUAUCUCCCUCACCUCUCCCAUUCUGUCCCCACCUCCCCAUCUAUUUUUUUCCCCUCCAACCUGGGCAACCUCCCAUUUUGCCAGGGCGAUGAAGGAGCCCUCAGGCUCAGCCCGCCAAGCCCCCCCCCCCAACUUCUCUGAACAUGAGUGUAUUUUUCUGCAGGGGUUUGCAGGCUCCUGCGGUUUAUAGGAAGGAAACAAUGAAUAUAACCAAUAACUUUGAUUCCUGGGCCUUUUUCUGUAAGCCCAGAAUACCCCCAUCCCCACCUUUUGAUUUAAUCUCACCGUGUUGCAAAACGAGAGCCACGUCCCAUGCACCUCGCCAAGAAAUAAUCUCUCAGAGCUAAGAUGGUGGGGGGAGCGGGGGGGGGGGUGGCCAAGUGAGUGGCAUCAGAGAGCGCGGCACCUGGACCUAGUCAAGGACCCAGAAGGGCAGUCACUGGAAGCCCAGGGUUAGCAGGCGGGCACCUUUGGCUGCUGUGGAUGCCUGCGAAAGGCUUGUGUGACCUGGGGGGCUGUGGGGGUCACAUGGAUUCCAAGGUGGGCCAGACAAGAAGUGGCUGAUAGCCCUUCCCCCAAAUCAGUGUCUCCCCUAUCUUACUUCCAUUUUUCUUCCAGAGCAAGUCUUACUCAACGCUCUGUUUUGAGCCUUGCGCCCCCUCCCCUCUGCCCCCAGGUCCCCAGAGUUCACAGACCUGGCUUUUUUUUUUUUUUCCAGCAAGUGAUCUGAAAGCUUGGGGCUCUCCAUACAACACCCACAUUGUUUAUUUCAAAGAACUUUUCAGCCAAGGGAGAAGAGUGUCCUCUCGCUCUUUCCCCUCCCCCUCUUCUUCCCUGUGGUGGGGAGGGGGGCCCUUUUGGCUCGGAUCUUGAGUCUGGAAGGUCUUUGCACAGGCUGUCUGAUCAGAGGCCCCUGCCCAGCUGGCCCCCCACAGAAGGCAGGCAAAAGCAGGGCGUGUGAAUUGAUCAGCCAAGAGAGAGAAGGUAGAGAGAAGGUGUGAACUGGUUCUGGCCCCAGAGGAAAGGAAAAGCGAAUGUCCCCCUUCCCUGGGCUGCAGGAGAAUCAGCCACAGUGUGAGCCUCUAAAAGCUCUGCAACCCCUCUCAUUCCGCCACGUACAACAGUUUGAAAGCUGCAUCGUUUUAUUGUAUUUUUUAAACAGGGAUGAUUUCUCCUUAAUUGCUUAAGGCCGGGGAGCCAAGCAUCUUGACUUGCCGUGCGUUGAGUUCGUUAGCACCUGGCCAUCAGCUCAUGGUCCUCGAUGUCGGAAACCCCUGAAGUUCUCAACUGCCUCGCUCCCCACGACCCCAGAAUGGAACAGCUUUAAAAAUAGCCUUAAGCAAAAGGAUGUUAUUUCAUUAAAUUUGGUUUAAUGGAAAGAAUCAAAGCAAAUUAAAAACACACCCAAACCAUGAGACUCCAAACACUGGUAAUCGGUACUGCAUAGCAAACUUCUUUUCGGGGGGAAAGGAAACGAAAACGUUAUUGCACAUGUAAAAUAGGAAAUCUUAACUCUACUGUGUGCUAGGCAAUCCUGUAAUCUUUUUUGACUCUUAAAAGAAAUUCAUUUCUGAAAUGCUUGGUUGGAAGACUGUGACAAUAGCUCAUGAAAUUGAGUGUUAUUUUUUUCUUUCUUUUUUAAAAAAAUAUGUAAAGUGCAGUCUUCUGUAUUCAUGCAUAUUGUAUAUACCUGUAUAUGUUUUCCUGAGCAGCUAAAUAACAAUAAAUAUGACGUUAAUGGUGA